GAAACGAGUAGUGUUCUGCAAUGGAAAAAUUGAGAAGCGCUGUGAAGGUGAUAGCUUACACCCCACAAUCCAAAUUCCUCUCCCCCUUUCACCUCUCUCUUAUCCCACUUCUCUCCGUUGCUUCUUCCCUCUACUCCAUCGCCAUCCGCCUCCGCCGCCACCUCUACCGCUUCAACAUUCUCCACUCACACCGGUUACCGGUGCCGGUGAUUAGCGUCGGGAAUCUGACGUGGGGAGGCAAUGGGAAAACUCCAAUGGUGGAGCUCCUCGCGCGCUCAUUUGCUGAUGCUGGAAUUUCACCCCUCAUUCUAACUAGGGGCUAUUGCGGUGCAGAUGAAGCUAAAAUGCUUAAGAGGCAGCUGCAGGGGACAUGUGCCAAAAUUGGUGUCGGUGCAAAUCGAGUUGCCACUGCUGUCAGAUUUCUGGACCAAUAUGGUUUCACAUCUUCUCGUGCUGGUUUUGAGCAACUCUUUUGUGGAAACAAGAUUGAAGUUCAAUCUAGCAAUAAUAAAAUCGGGGUUGCUAUUCUAGAUGAUGGGAUGCAGCAUCUGAGUGUACAGCGUGAUCUGGAGAUUGUGAUGGUGAAUGCAUUGAUGCCGUGGGGGAAUCAUUGCCUGCUUCCACUUGGGCCACUGAGGGAGCCUUUGACUGCACUAUGCCGAGCGGAUAUUCUAGUCAUCCAUCAUGCUGAUUUGGUAAAGGAAAAGGAUAUUGACGCCUUAAAAUCCACAAUACGGAAAGGCAACAAAUCUGCUCCAAUUUUCUUCACUAAAAUGACUCCAAUUUACUUCUUCCGUUGUCGAGAUUCAUCCAUUAAACUGUCAACUAUGGCUGUUGAGAAUGCGACUAUAUUAUGUCUAUCAGGCAUUGGUUAUGCAGAUUCCUUCAUUCAGAGGAUUGAAAGGAUGGGACCAACAUUUGUGGAUCACCUAGACUUCAGUGACCAUCAUUUAUUCGAGUUACAGGAUCUUCAAAUUGUAUGUACAAGACUAGAAGCACUUGAAUUGAAGUUUGGUGCUAAACCAAUUGUUGUUGUGACUGAAAAGGACUAUGACAGAGCCCCAGAGGUGCUGCUACGUUUGAAACACUAUGAGGUUUUGGUGCUGUGUAGUCGCUUGCAGUUUCUAGACUACAUGGGGAGCACAGAAGAAAGAUUCAGAAAGACUGUGGUAGAGUAUUUGAGCCAAAGAUAAGAGUAAAAACAUGUCUACGCUGUCAUAGUGUUUCCAAAUUGUGCUUAAAACUUCAUGAAAAUGCACCUUUUCUUCUUCUUAAAAACCAUACCCUCCUUUUGUUCUCGGCUAUAAUAUAUCAUUUGGAUUCA